UGUCCGAGGAGGGGACCUGCCGCGGAGCCAGGUGCGCUCCGGCGCCCCGCGGAGACAGGGGAGAAGUUGCUGCUGCUGCAAGCAGCGAGAGAGACACGAGUGGCCAGGCCCAGCCGCACCGAGGAGGAGCAGCCAGACACAAAGGGAGAGCCCCUCUCCUCUCACUGGGAGGAGGCGUUAAAGUCCAUCCCCUCCCCCAGUAUAUUGCUGGUGCACUCAGACCGCUGCUGUGUGAGGUUCCUGUCUGCGGAGCCCCUGGGGAGGGGGAGAGAGGAGGACCCUUUAAAGAGAGCACAACCCAAACACAGAACAGAGAAAGAGACAAACACGCCUAAGAAGAAGGAAAGUAAAGUCAGCAUGAGUAAAAACUCCAAACUCCUCUCCACCAGCGCCAAGAGGAUUCAGAAGGAAUUGGCUGACAUCACUUUAGAUCCACCUCCCAACUGCAGUGCAGGCCCCAAAGGUGAUAACAUCUAUGAAUGGAGGUCGACUAUUCUAGGACCUCCAGGCUCAGUAUAUGAAGGUGGAGUUUUCUUCCUUGACAUCACAUUUACACCAGAAUAUCCAUUCAAGCCUCCAAAGGUUACAUUUCGGACAAGAAUCUAUCACUGUAAUAUUAACAGCCAAGGAGUGAUUUGCCUGGACAUUUUAAAAGACAACUGGAGCCCAGCACUAACUAUUUCUAAAGUUCUUCUCUCCAUCUGCUCACUUCUCACAGAUUGCAACCCUGCUGACCCCCUGGUUGGAAGUAUUGCCACUCAGUAUAUGACAAACAGAGCAGAGCACGACAGAAUGGCCAGACAGUGGACCAAGAGAUAUGCUACAUAAAUUGGAUUUUUGUCAAACUCUUACAUUAUUUGUCUGUGAUGGAAAGAGCUGCUUAUGAUUUUGAAGGGGUGGGGGGCAGGGGUGGGUGCUGGUAAAGAGUAGGGUAUUUCUAUAACAGAUUUUAUUCAGUCUUUUAUUUCCUAAGAUUUUGUUGUUGUAACUUAAGGUAUCUUGCUACAGUAGACAGCUAGAAUUGGGAAUAGCAUAUUUUAAGACUGUCAUUAGUUCAGCAAUAUUAGCUCACAUAUAGUACCGAGAAGAAUGUAAACUUCUUAGACAUCUUUUGGUUCAGUUGCUUAAGAUAUGUAUAAGAUUAAACAGCUUAAUUUUGUACAGGUACAUAUGUUGACAUUUAUGUAAAAGUUCUUUCAAGACUACACUUUUUUUUUUUUUUUGUAAAAAGAUGUGGGGAUUGUGUCCCCUCGGGAGGGCACGUUGGUAUUUAACAAAUCCUUUUAAAAGACUGUCAUCUCAUGAUGUGAUAUGGAGGAGUGGAUAUAUGGCCUCAUAUAGGAAAUGAGAAGUAGUUAAUGUAUUAUUUUAUAAGCCAAUCUACCUUUGUGAAAAGAAUAAAGGUUUUAAUCAGGACUUAUGGCAACCUGUAGUGAAAUACCUUAAGCUGUUUAACUGUAAGGCGUGGAGUAGGAGUCACUCAGUGGAUUGGUUGUAUGUCGUGGGCUACUUAAGUCUGCAUUUGUUACUGUGCUAAUAAAAAAUGUAAAAAAAAUGA